CACUUCACUUACCAAGCAUGAAGUCUCCUCCUUUUGCUUUAGCUGCUCUUGUCUUGGUUGCAGCAGCAUAUGUGAUGCAUGGUACCGGUAGCUUCGCAAUGCGAAUUGUCUUACCAUACCCUUCACCACCGCCACCGGCUCCAAUAUGUCCACCAACCCCUGUAAUUCCUCAUCCACCACCUGCUGCUCCAAUAUGUCCACCAACCCCUGCUCCUCAACCACCCACACCGACUCCAACAACUCCGCCGCCAACACCUAUUAUAACACCCUCACCAGCUCCAACGCCCAACCUAUAUCCACCACCUGUAAUUCCUCCAUCUCCUCAGACUCCCAACUGUUCACCACCACCUCUUGUUCCACCCACACCACCUUGCACCCCCAAAGCUCCAUCCUAUCCUACGCCACCCACACCAGCCAAUCCAAGCCCGCCAAACGCAUAUCCACUAACGCCCCCACCAGCUCAGCCAGCAUAUCCACCAUACACCAGCCGCAUCACUAAGCCAUACCCACCAGCAGACUUCAAAGGAUGCUUUUCAUCGUGUGGAUUAAGGUGCGUGUUACAUUCGAACCAAGACAGAUACCGAGACUGCAUGGCAUGCUGCAACCGAUGCAACUGUGUUCCUCCCGGUCAGUAUGGAAACAAAGAGAUCUGUGGCUCAUGCUUCACAGAUAUGAAGACUCAAGCUGGUAGACCAAUGUACCCAUGAAGACCAUGCAUCUUUUAUAGUUACCUAAAGUUUAAGAAUAAAUUGGUCUUGUCUUUUGAAUUUCAGUUGUUGUUUGCUUGCAAAAUUUUCAACUCUUGAUAGCAA